AUGGGAAGAGCAUAUGAAUAUCCCAAGAAGCCUCAAAACACAGUCAAAAGGUACAACAACAGAGGGACAUACGAGCUCGGUCCAAUACACUCAGUUAUCAAUAGCUCUAGGGUGCUCCAUGUCUCCUUCGCUCCCUCUCCGGAUGACCCUUUUCCAGCGAUUCUUCCCAUGAUAGGUUUCAUGGGCUCAUAUGACUAUCCCUCCGCGGGUCUUGAUGAGCCUCUGGACUGCUACCUCCAUGGAUAUGUCAGCGCGCGCCUCAUGCGACUUGCCCGCGACUCGGAGAAAGGUCUGCCUGUAUGCAUCGCGGCGACCAAAGUUGAUGGCAUGGUUUUGUCCCUGACUCCGAACUCUCACAGCUAUAACUACCGCUCGGCGGUGCUUCAGGGAUACGCCAGGCCUGUCGAGACCGAUGCUGAGAAAGUCUUCGCCAUGGAACUGAUCACGAAUAAGGUUGUACCUCGACGUUGGGAGCACACCAGAGUUCCACCAGACAAGGUUGAGAUGACCUCGACCAUGAUUCUGAAGGUUCAAGUUGAGACAGGCUCAGGCAAAGUAAGAAAGGGGGAGCCACAUGAUGAAGCUAAAGACCUGGAUAGAGAAGAUGUAACGAGCUCAACUUGGACAGGUGUAGUGCCUGUCUGGGAGGCUUAUGGCGAGCCAAUACCGUGUGCUUCGAACAGGGUGAAGGACAUACCAGAAUAUUUAACCUCGUAUGUGAAGGAUGCGACGGCGAAGAACAAGAGUGUAGCUCUCGAGGCUGCGAAGGAGUGA